AUGGCUUCGACUAGCAGAUCGGAUGAAAGGCUCACGGGGAAGCCUCCGUCAGACGACGAACUCGAAGUCAUCGAAAAUGGUGGAUUAAGUUCUCAGCCUUCGAUCCGGACGGACGAUGAUACCAAUUCGGAAAUCGUCCGGAUCGACCAGAAGACGGCGCAGGAUGAAACGUACCAGGUGACAGCAUUUGGACGAAUAGUCAAAACGCUCCAGCUUCUUCUUUUCUUCUUCUUCUUCUUCUUCUUCUUCUUCUUCUUCUUCUUCUUCUUCUUCUUCUUCUUCUUCUUUUCCUUCUACUUCUUUACCUUCUCUAGCUUCUUUUUCUCCUCUUCCUCUUUUUCUUCUUUUAUACAUUCUUCUUCUCAUUCUUUUUCUCCUUCUUCUCUACCUCCUUCUUCCCCUUCUUCUUUACCUCCUCCUCCUCCUUCUUCUUCUUCUUCUUCUUCCAUACAUUCUCUUCUUCUCAUUCUUCUAUAUAUUUUUGCCCCUCUCCCUCUUCUAUACAUUCUUCUUCUUUAUUCUUUAUUCUUCUUCUUUCUUCUGUUUCUUCUUCUUUUAUAA